CACACUCUCUCUCUCUUUUUUUUUUACACACACAUUUAAACACCAACAAGAAGAAUCUUGCAUGACGCAUUUGUUUCGCUUUCCGAACGGCGCAUCACACAUGAGGAGGACACGGCGGGGCGCGGACAUAAACAAGUGUCUCCUCCGAGACGAGAGGACACCACGCGUAUUCCUCUUCGCGGAUUGAUCACCGUCCUCCCCGUCAAGUGACUAUGGCUUUAAAAAGUUCUGUGGAUUUCUGACGCGGCGUCACGACACCGUCCCCUUCUCCGGUGGUCUUUUUUUUUUUUUGGUUUUUUUUUUGUGCGUGUGCGUGUGACUGACUUGUCCCCCCCUUUGGCACCCAAGGGUGCGCUCGUCAUCCACCUUGUUGACGCGCCCCUGCAGAUCCACGCGAGGAGGGGAGGGGGACAUCAUAUAUCCCACGCCACAUUUGGAGCGGGUCACAACCGAGCCGCGUCCCGAUUUGAAUGAGACGCCUCACCUGCUGCAGGCAAGCCGAGAAGACGGAAGACGAAGACGGAGGAAAUACGUGGCCAACUUCCGCUGUAGUGAUGCUGCAAGUGGAAAUGAUCCUCGCCGUCUGCCUGGUGCUGUGGAUGUGUGUUUUUAGCCAGGAGCCCAGUUCCAAAGUGGUGGCGGACCGCUACGCCGUCUUCUGGAACCGGACCAACGCCAAGUUCCACAGUGAGGACUAUCACAUCGACGUGUGCAUUAAUGACUACCUGGAUGUCUACUGCCCACACUACGCUGACUCGGUGCCCGAGGAGCGAACCGAACGCUACGUCCUCUACAUGGUCAACUACGACGGCUACAGCACGUGCGACCACACCUUCAAGGGUUUCAAACGCUGGGAGUGCAACAGGCCGCACUCGGCCAACGGGCCGCUCAAGUUUUCUGAGAAGUUUCAGCUCUUCACGCCGUUCUCCUUGGGCUUUGAGUUCAGACCGGGCAGAGAAUAUUACUACAUCUCCUCCACCGUGGCUGAGAACGGGAAGAAAACCUGCCUGAAGCUGAAAGUUUUCGUCCGACCAGCAAACAGCUGUGUGAGAACUAUAGGUGUACAUGACCGUGUUUUUGAUGUAAACGACAAAGUAGACAAUACGUUAGAACCACGAGACGACACAAGCCAUGAGCCGGCCGAGCCCUCCCGAAGCGAGGAGACAAACGCGGCGCCGCACCUGCCGCCAUCGAGUCCACUCGUGGCGUCGCUGUUGCUCUGCCUGGCAGCGCUCUUAUAGCGCCCCCACCUGUCCCGGAGGGGCACAUUUAUUACACCCAGCGUGGCCUGAAUGAAUCUGCCCGAGGUCGCAGGGAAAGGGGGCGGGAAUUUUGGAGGUGUUUGCUCGUUUGGACACCCCAAGAAAUCUCCCAAUUUUUUUCCUCCCAAACAGGAUGUGAGUGGGGGGGAAGAAAAGCGGGGCGGACGGCGCCCUUUUUUUUCCCCGCAAACCUACGAUGCCAAAUCCUGUUUUUUUGUUUUUGUUUUGUUUUUGACUUUUUGACACUUAACGGUUCUUACUUUCCCAUGACAGCGUCAUGUUUACUCAUUGCAGUACACACACACACACACACACACACACACACACGCACACACACGCGCGCGGACAAACGUCACUACGAUUCGUGCAGAGUUGUGUUCAGUAGCAGUAGGAGAGUGAAGACUGUAGCGCUUAGGAACAACUUGUACAUAAACAAGUAGCUAGCUGUCCCGAGACCUCGCAAGAAGUGUUGCUGAUCCAGCAAAAUGAGAGAUGAAGGGAAAAGAAGUGGGAUUAGUUUAAAGUCAGGGUGCCAUUGGAGUCCUUCUGGGGACUGCCAACAUUUAUUGUGCAAAUCUUUAUUAUUAUUAUUAUUAUUAUUAUGAAACUCUUUUUGGAAGCUUUUUGUAACAUGUUGCAUGUCGGGCCAGACCUAACGCUCUCGCGGUCCAUGUGUGCUUGGUUGAAACCGGAAAACCACAGCACUGGAAAAAUCUAUGCGGCCUGCACCUUAACCUACUGGUCUCCAGGGGGCACAAUAAAGCAGUGGUUCUCAAACUUGUCUCACCAAGUACCACCUCGGAAAACACACAUUAUGCAUACUUGCCAACCCUCCCGAUUUUCCCGGGAGACUCCCGAAUUUCAGUGCCCCUCCCGAAAAUCUCCCCGUACAACUAUUCUCCCAAAUUUCUCCCGAUUUCCACCCGGACAUCAUAUUGCCUUUAGCGUCCUCUACAACCUCACGUCUGCUUUUCCUCCAUACAAACAGCGUGCCGGCCCAGUCACAUAAUAUAUGCGUCUUUUAAACACACAUAAGU